CGACAAUACUAGUACUCAGUACACAGCACGCAGGACACAGCACAGUCUUCAAUAAGUAAUGUCUCCCUGCUGGAUGGAUUGCCAAUCCGCAAAUGCGGGGCAUCCCAGACCCUUAUACGUCACAAAGGGUGCAAAGGGAUAUAAACCCAGGCCUGGUCUGAUCAGAUCCUCCCAUCGAUCAUCACCUCAUCACAAUGCCUGGUGUAUUGUCUCAGACUCUGACCGUCAGCGACGGUCCACUGACCUCCGAGAACGCCGCCUUGCUGCGGCCCUCCGACCCCAACCUUCCCCUCGACGAACUCCGCCAACGCUUCAAUGAAGAUGGCUACCUUUUCCUCAAGCAAGUGCUUCCCCGCGAAGACGUCCUCGAAGCCCGCAGACAAUACUUUAGCUACCUGGCCCCUACCGGGGUCUUGAAGGACGGUUCCGACCCUGUGGAGGGCAUCUUCAACCCCGACAAGACCCCCGAUGACUACCCGGGGAUCGGGGCGGGCGCUGCAGGCGGCAACGGCCGCCCGGGCGGAGAGAGCGCCGCCCAGUUUGUCGAUCGCGCCAUCGAAGCCCACUACAAGGAUUGGUAUACGGAGAAGCUGUGUCAGCAUCCUGCUUUGUAUGACUUUAUCGCCAAGUUUACUGGCUGGGGACAGAAUACUUUGACGUUCAAACGCACCCUCCUGCGGAACAACAUCCCUGCUACGAAGCCGAUUGGGGUGCACUACGAUCAGAUCUUUAUCCGACAUGGCGAGCCGACCAGUGUGACGGCAUGGGUGCCCAUCGGGGAUAUCAAGUUGACGGGAGGAGGGUUGAUCUAUCUGGAAGAUAGUGACUCUGUGGGCAUGAAGAUCGAGGAUGACUUUACGGCCAAGGCCGUGGCGGCAGGAUUGACAGAGGAAGAGGCCAAGUAUGCGUUCAACUCGAAUAUGAUGUCCACGGGGAUGCUGUCGGAGAAUCCGGCGGAGUUUGCCAAGCAGCACGGGCGUCGCUGGCUGGUGUCGGCCUACGAAGCGGGGGAUGUGGUGCUGCACAAGCCUCAUAUGAUCCACGCGUCGACGGUGAACAAUGAUCCGGACAAUGUGAUUCGGCUGGCGACCGAUCUGCGCUUUGCAGACUCGUCCCGGCCGUAUGAUAAGAGAUGGAUGAACUUUUACCGGUUUAAUGAUGGGGUUUGACAUGGACUGAGGUUAUCAAUGAAUUGUUAUGAUUGUGUCUAUUGAUCCAUCCACGGUAUGCUCAUUUAAACAUUGAACGUGCAAUGGCAGAUUCUAGUAUCGUCAGUAUUGUUGGUUCAACAUAGGAUAAACCUACUGCUGGUCGUCACAGUAUCCCCCAGUCCAUCCAUCACCCUGCUCAAUGCACUGAAUGAUCAGCCUG